AUUUCUGUUAUUCAAAAGCAGGCUAAAGCUGCUAACGUCUGGAAUAUCAUUGAUCCUUCUAAGGAGGAUAAGGACCCCUUGCGACCUCCUCACAGGCCUAUAGCACAAGAUGCCGACCCCAGCGUGACCCUAGUCAGGGACUUAGGCCCAGAAAAGAUCAAGAUCCUAGACGCCCUCUUGCAACAAUACUCAAUAGAAUUCAAGCUCUAUCGGGAUAAGGUCAAGGCCCUAGGAGCUAUCCAGCGGCUAAUCUCAAAGACUGUUAGCAACUAUGAGUCUACAAUCGAGGGCGAGGAUGAGGACGAUAUCGCUAAGCAGCUAUUACUUCUUAAAAAUAAGACUCAUUCUACGGACUGGAACAAGGAA